AUGGGCUCACCGGUCUCCGGUUUGGUGGCAGAACUGGUCCUACAGGAGUUAGAAAAGACUGUCGUCCUUCAACAUGAACCGGUGAUUUGGCGACGUUACGUUGACGACACGUUCGUCAUCGUAAAGAAGGACAUGCUGCAACAUUUCCACAGCCUGCUCAACGCAGUCUUCCCGGAUAUAGAAUUCACGAGGGAAGAAGAACAGGAACAGCAGUUGCCCUUCCUGGAUGUUCUCGUUAGACGAAACCUUAACGGUGAACUUGAAACGACGGUUUAUAGGAAGGCAACGAACACCACAUAG